CAAAAUAUAUAAUUUAAUAACACGUGAAAAUUGAUGUAACAAAUAUUCAUGAUUUCAUCGUCAUCAUCGCUACUUUGAAGCUUUUGACCUUUCUUUCCUUAAUCUCCGUUGGUGGGUUUCGUCGGUCAAACCUUCAAUGGCGAAUAAUAAUAAUCAAAAUUCAGGUAGUAGUCCACCUCCAAAACCAUGGGAACGAGCUGGAACGUCAUCAGGGCCUGCUCCUUUUAAACCUUCAUCUCUUGGUAGCACGAGUGAUGUAGUCGAGGCUUCCGGAACAGCAAGGCCCGGCGAAAUCGUGCCUUCAAAUGAUGCAUCAGCGGUUAACGUAAAUGCACUUGGGAGGCCUGUCCCUCCUAGGCCAUGGAUGCAGCAGAACACAUAUGGAGCAGGUGCAGGUUAUGGUAGCGGUUUAAAUUAUAAUUCUGGAUAUGGGGCGGGAACUUAUGGUUCUUAUGGCGGAUUAGGGGCAACAGGAUCCUAUAACACUGGUUUAUAUGGAAGCAACAUGUAUGGAGGAGGUUAUGGUGGCCUUUAUGGAGGUACGGGUGGCAUGUAUGGUGGAGGAGGAAUGUAUAACAAUACUUUAGGUACCCCGAUGGGUGGGUAUGGUAUGGGAAUUGGUGGUCCUUAUGGUGAUCAGGAUCCAAAUAAUCCAUUUGGCGCCCCUUCAUCUCCUCCUGGAUUUUGGAUCUCCUUGAUGCGCGUGAUGCAUGGAGUUGUAACUUUCUUUAGUCGAGUAGCAAUGCUGAUAGACCAGAACACUCAAGCAUUUCACAUGUUUAUGUCUGCCCUUCUCCAGUUGUUUGAUCGCUCUGGAAUGUUAUAUGGAGAGUUGGCUAGAUUUGUAUUUCGACUUCUUGGUGUUAGAACCAGGCCUAAAAAGAUCCAACCCCCUGGACCUAACGGACCACAUGGUCCUCAAAAUUACAUAGAGCCCCCCAAGGGUUCAUGGGAUGGUGUGUGGGGAAGCAACUGAAUUUUUCAAAACCGGGAAGUGUAAUCAACCAUUGUCUGUGUAGAGAGUAGUGUUGUCUCCUUUUCUUUUGUCCAUCAAUUUUGGUACUUAAGCUUGUGAGUUUUGGUCAUUUUUUAAAAAUUAGAGUCUCUUGGAUGUGUUUUAUGAUUGAUGUAAACAUUUAAUGCUCUAUACAUAGUUGCUAUAUUUUACUAGAGACAAUGGUCUUCAAAUCCUUUUGUGAUUUGACUCUCAUGGUAUUUUGACAAAUCCCAGUGUCAAAUUUGAUAUGCUAAUUGCGCUUUGCCUUCAACCAGUUGAAAACGUGUUUUCAUUAUUAACCGUUAGCACAACAUUGAGAUUGGCAGAAUUGGAGUGCAACCAGUCUAUCUUCGCUUGGGAUGCUUAUACUGGCAUAACGCCGGACUUGUGAACUGUGUCACUGGCCUAGACUAGUGUGUAUAUUUAGUCGAAUGAAAUCCGCAGGCAGGCAAGAGAUGACUACCAAGAAAAGUUUUGUUCUCCAACAGAAAGAUGAAAAAGGUUCCAGAAGAAUUCAGAUCACAAAAGCAUUCUUAGAAACGCUAUGAAAGAAUGUUAAUGAUAUGUCACUUUUUUUUUUAUGUCAGCAAUGUAUAUUGGUUGAUGAGGAUGUCCUUUGUUUUAAAAACCGGCUUAGAAUUAUAUCUUUGUACGACGAUGUAUGUACAAUGUACUUUAGUAGUUGUCUUUCAUUUCAUUUGGUCAUGUGAGUUGCUAUGCA